CGUUCCCAGCCCAAUGUAAAUACCGUUACCCUAGGACGCUGUAUAUAUUUCUGUCAUUUUUUUCCCCCUUUUCACACUGAGCAGAACAUACUCAUACUAGAAAAUAAGAAGAAAUUCUUCGAAGACUUAAAGAAAGGUAUUAAAUUCAAAUCAGCAAGGACCAGGAAAGAAACUAACGGAUGACUGCAGCAGAUCAGAACAGCGUGGUUCUAUUCCUGCCCCGCGGAGCGUCACCUCGGGGAGUGAUCAGCACACACCCCGUUCCUAUGAACUCCAGAGGUCCAGCGGUGCGGAGCAGCAGCCAGCCCAAACCCCGGCCCGCCCCCACAGAGGGGGCCCAGAGGGUGGGCGUGGCCGCCCUGGCCCGGAUCCAGCAGAGGCUGCAGCCCUGCCCAGGCUCCUCCCAGACCGCCAUCCGUAACCAGGGUCCCGUCGGCACUCCUCUCGCUGUGCUGGGACGCUGCGGUUCAGGCGGCCGAGGCCCCCGCUGGAGCUCCUGGAGAACAUUCAGACCAUCAGCUGCGAGGGCACGCCCCUUUCACGGCCCCUCCAAUCCUGUACCAGUCUCGCAGGAAGUCUCUCAGCCUGUGGAGUGUGAGGUCGGUGACCCCGGCUCUCACAGGAGCGAGAGGGAGAAACGCGGGGGUGCGAGGAGUCUUAUUUUCGGGGGCAGUGACAUCGAGUGGACAGUGCUUGUGCCACUGUGA